GGUUGCAAUUCAGACACAUUCCGAUUUGGUUCUUCAAGCAACAUCUCCAGAAUGAGCUCGUGGAUUGGAGUUGUCGCUGCACUGGCCCUUUGUCUCCAUGGCACAAACGCGGUUGCUACGUUGACGCAGCCAAAGUCCAUCUCAGCAACUCCGGGGCAAACCGUCAAGAUCAGCUGCACCAUGUCUGGAGACAGCAUCGACAACUGGUUCACCAGCUGGUAUUUGCAGAAGCCCGGCAGUAUCCCACUGCUUAUCUGGUCUGAGAAGAUCGACAGACCUUCGGGGAUUCCAGAUCGAUUGCAGGGUUCUGUGGACGCAUACAAGGACGAAAUGCAUUUAACUAUCACAAAUGUACAAUCCGAAGACGCAGUUGAUUACUAUUGUUACGCAGCACGCACAUUUGGUAAAGGAACGAAGCUGAAUGUGAUCAAUCCUCAACCCCCGGCAGUGACCGUCCUCCGGCCUUCAGAGGAAGAAAUCGCGGAGAAGAGCACCGUCACUCUGGUUUGUUUGGUGAGCGGAUUUAACCCGGGCGCCGUGGGCAUUGAGUGGACCGUGGACGGCAGUGAGAGAAGGGCUGGCGUUGAGACCAGCCAGGUGCAGCGGGACACGGGCAACACCUUCAGUGCGAGCAGUUACCUGACUCUGCCAGCCUCAGUCUGGAACUCACACGAGCUUUACUCCUGUGUGGUUAAACACGAGACUCAGACAAACCCGCUUAAGGCAAACAUCGCAAGAUCCGGUUGUGUCUGAGUCAAGGAUCCUUUUCAUUGAUCUGUUAGCCUUAUCACUGUGUCUUCUUUUCAGGAUGUAUUCCAGAUUCUGUUUUUGAUUUUUUUUUGGGAGGAAUCUGUCAAAUCAGAAGAGUUGUGUGUUUUUCUCUCUCGAUUUCGAAUCACUGGCGGACAGCCUGUUCCGAUAUGAAUCGAAGAUUCGAUGUAAUUUGAUAAAUGACCCAA